AUAUAGUGAAUGCAGGGUCUGGGGAGAGCGGAUUAUAGUGAAUGCAGGGUCUGGGGAGAGCGGAUAUAGUGAAUGCAGGGUCCGGGGAGACCAGAUAUAGUGAAUGCAGGGUCCGGGUAGAGAGCGGAUAUAGUGAAUGCAGGGUCUGGGGAGACCAGAUAUAGUGAAUGCAGGGUCCUGGGAGACCAGAUAUAGUGAAUGCAGGGUCCGGGGAGACCGGAUAUUGUGAAUGCAGGGUCCUGGAAGACCAGAUAUAGUGAAUGCAGGGUCCUGGGAGACUAGAUAUAGUGAAUGCAGGUCCGGGGAGACCGGAUAUAGUGAAUGCGGGGUCCGGGGAGAGCGGAUAUAGUGAAUGUGGGGUCCGGGGGAGACCGGAUAUGGUGAAUGCAGGGUCCGGGGAGACCACCGAUAUAGGGAAUGAGGGUAGGGAGAGAGAUAAGGGAGGGAGGGGAAAAAGGAGAGAGGAGGAGAGAGAGAGGGGGGAUGAGAGAGACAGAGGAGAGGGAGAGGGGGGGAGGGAGAGAGAAGGGAAGAGA